AUGUUCUUUACUUCAUUGAGCAACCAGCCUGCCUGGACGGAAGAAGAGGUGACUAUGUUUGAGCUGAUGGGCACCGACUCAUUCACAUCCUUACUCGAUGAUCAGGCUGCAGGCCCUUCAGGCUUCACACAGGGCUUCCCUGGUCAAGUCCCACCAUUUGGUCUUCACCAUGGAUCUCAUGCAGCUCCUCAAGCUAGUCUUAUGGUUCCUCCCUCUACAAAUGUCAUUCUGCCGACACCGCUGAAGGACACAAAUCCUGGUUCAACCCUGGGGCCAUCUCGGCAACUUGACUUGAGCCACUACUUGCCUGAUGCCAGCACUCAUGAACAGUUUCCUGAAGAAGGUGCCUCACACUCCAAGGAGCCAUUGGUUGUGGGACGCAGAUCUGCCGAGAGCAAUGCUACACUUGAUGUAGGAUUUGCGGCUGUUGAACACACCCUGCUCGAGUUAUCCAGGUCAACUGUGAUACUAAUGCAUCAAGUGAUCAACCUGUUCAUGAACAGCUGUGGAUGCAAUGCAAGCAGUGUCAACUACUGGAAUCUUUAUUUCAAUUAUUUCAAGGACAAGUCUCAGCAGGAACUUGACCGACUUCAUCAAGAUCUUCUAGCUGGGGGACACACACCUAGUGUGACUGUGUGUAAAGAGUGCUACACAAAGUUCAAAGAACAAUACCCAGACACUUAUCAAGACAUCCUUGACAUGCAUGACGAGAUAUCUUUGCUAAGUGGAUUGCCUCAAACAGUUGGUCAGUGUGCACAGGCGUUUCAAUGGUUUCAGAAAAGGGUGACUGACAUUUUGUAUCUUGCAUCUGCCAAGUUUGGUUACGUACACACAACACCGGGUGCAACAGAUUUCUUUCUUUCACGAUGUCGUGCAGACAGUGACACCAUAAUCGGUCACCUCAAAGCCCAAGUUUAUAAUUCAACAUCAUUGUCUACCAUAGAGUUGGUGUUCAUGGAACAGGAAGAUGAUGUGGCAUCCUCCUCUAAGGUUGUAGAUUCCAAGCAGCCCGAUUCUAAGGACCCUGACCCUGAUGAUUUGGAUUUGGGUUCUGACCCUUUGGAGGGACGUGAGGAUAGCAUCAAAUGGAUCAAGAAGCAAAUCACAAAACAAGUCGCCAAGUUUGGAGGCAAAUUUGGCACCGACAGGACCUUCCCUUGGAAGCUCAUGCCAAAUGCACUUGCGGACGACAAUAUCUGCAUCAAGGGCUACCCUGCACACAAGUGUCUCCUUCCAGGUGAGUCGCAUGGGGUCAUCUCAAGUGCAAAGAGCAAGGGUGUGGCUAGCCUGACACAGAAGGAGGUUACUAUCAUCAUUGAAGCUUUGAAAGUCAAAACCAUGUAUGUCAAGAAAGUUGAUGUUGCACUACGAGGGGAAGUACUGUGCUCUGAAAGGCCCGUGAUUUUCAGUGAAGCUCCUCUAUCAGACUAUCCUCAUUCAGGCGCUCGAUAUCUGUUUAUUAAUGGUCACAUGGACUACAAUGGUCUCUCCCGCAUCAAGGUCAGUGGUGUGGCUACCAAAGUGAAGAAAUCCAUUACUUUGGCAGGCAAAUCCAUUAUGAUUUUUGAUAUAUCACCUCCUCUUCCAUCACGGCCUUUCAAGGUGGUCCCCAGGCCGCUAGCUCGUGAGAUGAUCGAAGUUCGAUCUACUUCCCCCGAUUCUCUAGAUGCAAAUGACCAAUGCCAACAGGACUCUGAGUUGGAGUAUGAAGAUGUGUCCCAUGGAAAGAGGAAGAAGCUGAAGUCCAGUGGUGAGCUGCGUGCAUCAAAGAUGUGUGCCUCACCUAUAGAUAUUUUUCAAAAAACAGCGAAGACAGGUGCACAAUCAAUGGAGACAUCAGUGCUGUCGCAAUUGGCAAAAAAAGGGGGUGCAUUAUCCCAAGUGACAGUAGGGUCGUCCAGCGACGAUCAAGACCCCCCCACAACUACUACUAUGUGCCUUCGUGAUGGCCCUUCCAAUCAGCCUGCAAACACUAAAGUUGCUAAGGGUUCUCAUACAAAGCUAAUAUCUCGUCAUGGCCGGGACCUUUACACCAUAUUCUCUGACAACGACUUGGAUAUGGUUGGCAACACUGACACUAAGUCCCAAAACAUUGCUCCAAGCAGUGUAGAUGGCCCUGAGACAAGUCCUGCAGGCGGGCCUGGUGAUACUCUCAAGGAGGGAGGAGCUGCAUUGGAGACCACCACUGCACACUUGCAGUCUCCAUCGACUUCAGUUCCGGUGCUGUUGGGACAAGGCAUAUCCUUACCUGUGGAUCUUUCUGCAGUACCUCUGGCAGGAGGGAGAGGAGAAGGAGGAGGAGGAGGAUUGGUGAGCCGAGGUGCCUUGGAUGAUGGCUUGACUGGUCAUGACCUACCAAAGUCUGACAACCUCCCUAUGGAUACAGACCAUCGAUUUGACGAGUCCGUGCACCCUUGUGAGUCUGAAGUCAGCGAUCCUCGUGAACCUAUCCAUCCAGAUUCUCAUGACCAUGUAUGUCCAGAUCCUCGCAACCAUGUCCAUCCAGAUCCUCACAACCAUGUCUGUCCAGAUCCUCGCAACCAUGUCCAUCCAGAUCCUUGCGAUUAUGUCCAUCAAGAUCCUCGUGACCAUGUCCGUCCAGAUCCUCACGACCAUAUCCAUCCAGAUCCUUGUGACCACACCCAUCAUGAUUAUAUAAAUGCCCCCUUCAGUGGUUCUCAUGGUCAUCUCCUUUCUAAUCCUCGUGGUCCUACUCAUUGGGAUGCUCCUCACCCUCUUGACCAUUGUGGUCCUCUGCCUAACCCUCGUGAAUGCCUUAGUCAAGAACCCCAUGAUCUUUGUGUGCUUGGUCGUAGUACUUGUGAAUCUUCUUAUCCUCCACAGGAUUAUCAUCAUCUCUGUCCUCAUGACUCAUUCUACCACCGCACUAGCAAUGCUCAUGACGACCUCCCCGAACUUCAGGAAACUCGUGGUUCUAUGUGA